AACGACUUUCGAUGUCGCGGGUAGCUCCGCCACUGCCAGCGUAGUUUACACACUGGCUUUCAAGACAGCGAUGUAGAAAUUAGCCUAUUGUAUGGCAAGCAGAACUUUUAAAGAAAGGAGAAUCGCCAGAGGCGCAGAGUCAGAGCCUCGGGGCUUUACGGGAAAGUUUGGGACUUCGAAGCGAUGGACGCAAGUUCUAAAAAGGGGACGAAGAAAUGGAAUUUAAAUAAAUGACAAACACAUCUGGAUCUCAUUUGGCGCCGGUUGAAAGACAUAUAAAGACCUACUUUAAAAUAGCAUUUUAACUCCGGUGUAUUUUCAUUUUUCUAACAGAAAAUAGAGAAAUGGUAGCCUUUUUUUAAAAACACGACUGAUCAACGCCCGAUAUCUUUUGUGUCUACUCCUGAGUCCGUGUAUCUGUGUGUGUUUGUGUGUGUGUGUAUCUUAGGUGUGUAUGUGUGGACUACCUAUGUAUGUCUGCGUACGGUGCAUGCGCCGUGCUGCUGACGUCCGUGUAGCUGUUGUGCUCAGUGAGUUCGACAGAAAGUAGUUUGUCUUGGGAGUCGGAGCAAGAGAAUCGCAUUUUUAAAGCUUACGUUGUCCUGUGUGUUCUAAUCGACAACAUCGAAAGACCUUCGAAGAUCAGUUGGAGACGAGUGACCAGCGUGUUCUGUGGAUCUACCGAUGGUUGAACAAGAAACUCCGCCGAAGUUCUGAGUAAUAUUAACGUCAUUUGGAUACCUGAAAGACCGUAUCCUACAUACUGGCUUGCCAUCUAAGUGAACUUCAAAUACACAGAAGAAUAAGUCAUCAUAGCUAGCUAACUCUGCCUAGCUCUUUGAAAACCUGAUCAUUGAUGUCAUUCACUCACAGGACGGGACUGUCUUUGCUGUUUCACAACGCACAUGGGUAACCCCGCCCCUGACCACGCCCCCGACCGACCCAAUUGGCUGCUGAGGUGUGAUAUUGGAAUGGGCGUGGCCUCCCGGCCCCACCCCCCACCGCCAGCCGUGUGAAUGACCCCGUGCGCGCACGCCCCUGCCAUGAGGAACUCCAAGUACCAGCAGUACUACAACCAGUCGGUGAUCCAGGUGCACUACCGCCUGGCCAAGAACCUGACGCAGAGGGAGCUGCAGGUGCGCAUGGACAGCGACGCCGGCCUCAGCGGCCUCAACGUCUUCUUCGUGCUCAUCUGCGGCAUCAUCAUCCUGGAGAACCUGCUGGUGCUCGUCGCCGUCUUCCGCAACAAGAAGUUCCACUCCGCCAUGUUCUUCUUCAUCGGCAACCUGGCCUUCUCCGACCUGCUGGCCGGCUCCGCCUACAUCGCCAACAUCUUCCUGUCGGGCCCGCGGACGUUCCGGCUGGUGCCCGUGCAGUGGUUCAUCCGCGAGGGCACGGCCUUCAUCGCCCUGGCCGCCUCCGUCUUCAGCCUGCUGGCCAUCGCCAUCGAGCGCUACAUCGCUAUCACCAAGGUGAAGGUGUACGGCUCCAACAAGACGUGCCGCAUGUUCCUGCUGAUCGGCACCUGCUGGGCCACCUCGGUGGUGCUGGGGGGGCUGCCCAUCAUGGGCUGGAACUGCAUGGACGCGCUGCACGAGUGCUCCACCGUGCUGCCGCUCUACUCCACCCGCUACAUCUUCUUCGUGGUGACCAUCUUCAGCGCCAUCCUGCUGUCCAUCGUCAUCCUCUACGUGCGCAUCUACCUGAUCGUGCGCCACAGCCAGCAGGAGGCGGCCAGCUCGCCGGCGUACGCCCUGCUGAAGACGGUCACCAUCGUGAUGGGCGUGUUCAUCGUGUGCUGGCUGCCCGCCUUCAGCGUGCUGCUGCUGGACACGUCGUGCGACAUGGCGUCCUGCCCCGUGCUCUCCCACGCCGACGUCUUCUUCGGCCUGGCCACGCUCAACUCGGCGCUCAACCCGCUCAUCUACACGCUGCGGAGCAAGGACAUGCGGCGCGAGUUCCUGCGCGUGCUCUGCUGCUGGGGGCUGCUGCACUGCGGCCAGACCGCCCACCCCUGCCUGCUGCCCCUCAAGAGCACCAGCUCCAUGGAGCACUGCACCCACAAGCAGGAGCAGCAGUCCACGCCCAUCAUGCAGGACUGUACCAGCGUCUGAGGCGGGGGGGGGUGAGGGGGAGGGAGGGGUGGGAGUGUGUUCACAGUCACAGCCGAGUGUGUUCAGUCACAGCCGAGUGUGUUCAGUCACAGCCGAGUGUGUUCAGUCGCAGCCGAGUGUGUUCAGUCGCAGCCGAGUGUGUUCAGUCACAGCCGAGUGUGUUCACAGUCACAGCCGAGUGUGUCCGCGAUGCGAGGCGAGUGCGUCAGCAGCCAAUCCUGAGCGAGUCUGCGGUCCCCGCGCGACGGCAUUCGCUUGCCGUUCUUUUAUGAUUUCACUGUCGUCCACCCAGUGCAUUCAUGAUCAUUCCUCUGUGAUUUCACAAUCAUCCACCCAGUGCAUUCAUGAUCAUUCCUCUGUGAUUUCACAAUCAUCCACCCAGUGAAUUCAUCAUCAUUCCUCUGUGAUUUCACGAUGAUCCACUGCGUGAAUUCAUCAUCAUUCCUCUGUGAUUUCACAAUCAUCCACCCAGUGAAUUCAUCAUCAUUCCUCUGUGAUUUCACAAUCAUCCACUCAGUGAAUUCAUGAUCGUUCCUUUGUGAUUGCACAAUCAUCCCCCCAGUGCAUUCAUGAUCAUUCCUCUGUGAUUUCACAAUCAUAGCCAAAUGCAUUCAUGAUCAUUCCUCUGUGAUUUCACAAUCAUAGCCAAAUGCAUUCGCUGUCACCGCUAAGUGAAUUCACAAUCUUAGCUGGGUAACUUUGCAGUUACCUUGCUGAAUUCUGAGGUAGUAAAUGAAAAUAGAUGAAAUCGGUGUCAUAUCACAAAGACAAAGGAGAUCCCACAAUGCACCUGGUCACUGACUUUAGCAACGACUGCAGUCUGCGUGCCCAGAACAGUGCCGGUGUGAGUGAUCUUGGACAGAACUCUUUUUUUUGCCUGGUUUUAUACGUCAGUGUAAAGUUUUCACAGAGCCAAACUUAUGAAAUUGCACUUGCGCGUGAACGUGGGAAACGUGAUGAUUUCCACGGCGACGCAUGACUGCACAGAGACUGACCCUGGGAGCUUGUCAGCCUGGACUCGGGUGAGAGGGACAGACUGCAGUGGUACGCUCCACUAUAAACACACACACUGUAUUACCCUGCUUCAAUGUACUGCAUGAAAUCCUGACUCUUGUAUUUAGACUUAUGUGUGUGUGUGUGUGUGUUUUUUUUUUUUCUCCACUAUUGGGUACUAAUGUGAUCCUCCCCAGACUCCUGUGUUUAAGGCACGGUGACCCAGUGUCUGUUACCUGUGUCUGAGCGCAGUUAAAAAACCUGUUGCAGGAGGAAGAGGGGAAGUAUGAAGUGUUGGGAGCCUGAGCUCCAGUAUUGGCAGUAUUAUUGAGUAUUGGAGUAUUGAUUGAUUACUGAACAUACACACACACACACACACUCACACACAUGCAUGCACACACAAACUGACUGAAAUACCAAAACAGCAUUUCAGAGCGUAUUUGAGUGAACAGAUCAAAUUAAUUUCCAAAGACGACUUUCAUGCCACCGUUAUUGUUCAGCCCCUUCCCAAACACACACACACGCACACACACGCACAUGCACGCACGCACACACACGCAUGCACACACAACCUGACUGAAAUACCAGAACAGCAUUUCAGAUAUGAGUGAAGAGAUCAAAUUCAUUUCUAAAGACAACUUUCAGAAAACCAAAACUUACUACUAUUCUUCCGUUUCCCGAACACACACACACACGCGCACACACACGUUUACUACACACAUUACCCCCCGCACUACAAAAAUCAAACACCCACCAACUCACCCAUUUACCAUUAGCAGAAAUACAUACAUGCAUACAUUUAUGUUCUAUUGCAGUGUACCUAUCCAUGUAACCCUGUGGACAAAGAAUGCCUCGUAUUAUACCUAUAUCACGUGUGUAACAUGUAUGUGUGUAAUGUUCUGAAUGUUGUGUGUGCAAUAGCUUUUCCGUAGCACCCUGCCUUUGUAAAAUCGGUACAAUCCUAAACACUAACAGAGGUACGCAAAAAAAGCUUGUAUGCUAAUGUCAUUUAUUUAGUUUUUUUUUUUUUUUUUUUUUUAAUAAAUGAAUAAAUUCAAUGUUAAAGCA